AUCCGGGCAGACCACGCUACUGCAGAAAUGGACGCGUACGAGUUGUUUCGGAAACUCGGAGCUGGAGCGAAAUUUGACCUGAAGAGGUUUGGACAGGACGCCGCUCGGUUUAAGACUGCGAGGAGUCAUGCAGGAGAAGCUUCUUCCGAUCGCCUUUCUGCGAUUGAUUACUUUGGCACAGCCAGUGGAGCCCAGAGCUGGACCCAGGGAGGAGAGGAAGAGGAGGAUAAAGAGGAAUAUGAGGAAAGUGAAGAUGGAGGUUCUGACACAGGAGGCAAACGAAAGCGCAAAGAGGAGGAGGGAGAUGUGCGGACCAAAAAGAAGAAGAAAAAAACCAAAAGCAGUCAGGUGGAGGUGAAAGCCAGCGACGGGCUGCUGAAAGAGACGCAGGAAACUGGCAUCACCUGGACCUCCUCUUUGGACAGAAAGAUCCAAAACCUGCAGAGCGAUGGCAAAGAGAACUCGUCGUUGAAGAAGCUGAAGCAUCUUCAUCAGGAAAAGGUCAAUCGUAUUCGUGCUCAACACCGCAUAAAUGUGCACGGCUGCGACAUACCCGACCCCGUGUGCACAUUCGAGGAGCUGCAGUCUGAGUACCAUCUCAACCCCCGUGUCCUUCAGAACCUCAGAGACGCAGGGCUGAGUUCCCCUACGCCGAUACAGAUGCAGGCGAUACCACUCAUGAUGCAUGUUCGGGAGCUUCUGGCCUGUGCUCCCACAGGAUCUGGAAAGACUUUGGCUUUCUGUCUCCCACUGCUCGCCCAACUGCAGCAGCCAACCAAUCAGGGCUUCAGAGCUGUGAUCAUCUCCCCAACCAGAGAGCUGGCCAGCCAGACCUACAGAGAGCUGCUCCGUCUGUCGGAGGGAGUCGGAUUUAGAGUUCACAUCAUAGACAAAGCGUCCCUAGCAGCCAAGAAAUACGGACCGCAGUCAAACAAAAAAUAUGAUAUACUCGUCAGUACUCCAAACAGACUCAUCUUCCUUCUCAAGCAGGAUCCUCCAGCUAUUGACCUCAGCAGUGUGGAGUGGCUGGUGGUCGACGAGUCCGAUAAGCUAUUUGAAGACGGCAAGACGGGCUUCAGGGAUCAGCUGGCCACCAUUUUUCUGGCCUGCUCUGGUGCAAAGGUGCGCAGGGCUUUCUUCAGUGCCACCUGCACACCAGAUGUAGAACAGUGGUGCCGCCUAAACCUCGACAACCUGGUUUCUGUCAACAUCGGACACAGAAAUGCAGCAGUGGAUACGGUGGAUCAGCAGCUGCUGUUUGUCGGGACGGAGAAUGGCAAGCUCGUGGCAAUGAGGGAUAUCAUCAAAAAGGGCUUCCUGCCUCCCAUGCUGGUGUUUGUUCAGACUAUAGAAAGAGCGCGGGAGCUUUUCCAUGAGCUGGUAUACGAAGGCAUCAAUGUGGAUGUGAUCCACGCAGACCGCACACAGCAGCAGAGGGACAACGUGGUGAACAGUUUUCGCUCUGGGAAGAUUUGGGUGUUGAUCUGCACGGCUCUGCUCGCCAGAGGAAUCGACUUCAAAGGCGUAAACCUCGUGGUCAACUACGACUUCCCCACCAGCGCCGUGGAGUACAUCCACCGCAUUGGUCGUACUGGGAGAGCUGGACAUCAGGGGAAGGCUGUCACCUUCUUCACAGAGAGUGAUAAACCGCUGUUGCGCAGCAUUGCUAAUGUUAUGAAACAAGCAGGCUGUCCUGUACCAGACUACAUGAUUGGUUUCAAGAAGAUACACAGCAAAGUAAAGCGGAGACUUGAGAAGAAACCUCCCAAGAGAAACACCAUUUGCACAACUCCUCGCUUCUUAAUGAAGACCAAAGCCAGAUCGCAGAAAACAGGAAACAAGCGGCCACUGAGUGGAGAGCAGAAAGGAGAAAACGGGCCUCAGACAACAACGCAGCAGGAAAAGGGGGAAAAGAAGAUAAAAGGACGGGGACUGAAGAAAAGAAAUAAAAUGCAGAAAGAAGAAGGGAGAGAAAAACACAAGAAAGUGUCCCAGAAGAUGACAUCAAAGUCCUCAGGAACCAAGUUACAAAAGAAAAAGGGGAAGAAAACUAAGUUGAAGGCACACUAAAGGAGAGUGACGCCGAUGGACUGAUGGGAAGAGGAUGUUUGGUUUUUUUUUGUUGGGGUUUUUUUUUUUUGGCCGUCUGAUUUACUGCUAACAUUAACAUUUACCCUCAUAAGAGUAUAAAAUAAACUUUUAUAU